GCCCCGCCAUGUUCCAGCUCGUGCGAGGCCUCGCUCUGCCGGCGGCCGCCUGCGAGGGCAGCAGGGAUGGCGACUCUCGGUACGCUAAUCUCUUCAGGAAGCUGGACCUCAACGAAGAUGGGAGGGUCGAUAUCGCUGAGCUCCAGACGGGCCUCCGGGCCAUGGGCAUUCCUUUGGGAAAAGAGGCGGAGGAGAAAAUUUUUAAAGCUGGAGAUACAAACCAGGAUGGUCAGCUGGAUUUUGAAGAAUUUAUGCAGUAUCUUAAAGAUCAUGAGAAGAAGAUGAAACUGGCUUUUAAGAGCCUGGACAAAAACAAUGAUGGAAAAAUUGAAGCAUCAGAAGUCGUCCAGUCCCUCAAGAUACUGGGUAUAAGCAUUUCAGAAAAACAAGCAGAGAAGAUCCUACAAAGUAUUGAUGCUGAUGGGACAAUGACUGUAGACUGGAAUGAAUGGAGAGAUCAUUUUAUGUUUAACCCAGCUGCAGACAUUGAGGAAAUAAUUAGAUACUGGAAACACUCCACUGUGCUGGAUAUAGGAGAUAGUUUGACUGUUCCAGAUGAGUUCACAGAGGAAGAGAAAAAGACUGGACAGUGGUGGAAGCAGCUGCUGGCAGGAGGAGUGGCUGGUGCUGUCUCUCGAACAGGUACAGCACCGUUAGAUCGCCUUAAAGUGAUGAUGCAGGUUCAUGGUUCAAAGUCAAACAAAAUGAACAUAGCCAGUGGUUUUAAGCAGAUGUUGAAAGAAGGCGGUGUCCGAUCCCUCUGGAGGGGAAAUGGUGUAAAUGUGGUGAAAAUAGCUCCUGAAACAGCUAUUAAGUUCUGGGCUUAUGAACAGUAUAAGAAGAUACUCAGUAAGGAUGAUGGAAAGUUAGGCACUGUUGAAAGAUUUGUAUCGGGUUCUUUGGCUGGAGCAACAGCACAAACUUCCAUUUAUCCCAUGGAGGUUUUAAAGACCAGACUGGCUGUGGGUAAAACAGGGCAAUAUUCUGGGAUGUUUGACUGUGCUAAGAAGAUCCUGAAAAAAGAAGGUGUAAAGGCCUUCUACAAAGGCUAUAUUCCUAAUAUUCUGGGUAUAAUUCCUUACGCUGGCAUUGACCUUGCUGUUUAUGAGCUCUUAAAGAGUACAUGGCUAGAACACUAUGCAUCAAGCUCUGCUAACCCAGGUGUUUUUGUGUUGUUGGGAUGUGGUACUGCUUCCAGCACGUGUGGGCAGUUAGCCAGUUACCCUCUUGCUCUUAUCAGAACACGCAUGCAGGCUCAAGCCUCAGUGGAAGGAGCUCCACAGCUAAACAUGGUCGGUCUCUUUCGAAGAAUUAUUGCUACAGAAGGCAUCAGAGGACUUUAUAGGGGCAUAGCCCCUAAUUUUAUGAAAGUGCUUCCAGCUGUCAGCAUCAGCUAUGUCGUGUAUGAGAAAAUGAAGCAGAACUUGGGAAUAGCAUGAAAUGAAGGAGGAAGGUGAGAUGCUUCUAAUUUUGUUGAAAAACCACAACAAAAAUGAUUCCUCAAGCAAUCUGCUCGCAAUUGGAGACAGAUCUUUAUGCUGCAACUUCUACUUUUGCCCUGAAGUGGCAAGAAACUUUUUUAAAAUUCUAGUUCACCAUUUCUAAACAGAUGCCUAUAUUGCACUUUAAAAUGUCACUGAGUUUGAAGAAAAAUCAAGAAAAUAACUUUAAAUCAUUAAAUAUGUAUUUUCAGGCAAUUGUGCAUGUUUUACUCAUUGGCUUUUGGUUUUUUGUAUUUGUCUUCCUCAAAUAUGUACUUGGCCUGGAUCAAACCUAAGGUAGGAGAAGUUUAUACUGCCUUGGUACUGAAUAUAUGAAAGUGACUUUUUGUUUUGUCACCUGCCUAUACUCAAGUAAUUCACAGGCAACCUUUUGCAUGCCUAGAAGUAAGCACUUACUAUUGCUAUUAAGGUCAUAUGAAAUAGGAUCUUAGAUACAGGCAAGGAUGAAAUAACACAUUAACACAUAGCCCAUCACCUUUAUCGUCAGGCUAACAGGUUUUGGUUGGUUGCUUGCUUUUUUUUUUUCUUAUUGAAAGAAUAAGAGCCUAAGAAAGUGCUGUCUCGUGGUAUCAGAAUACCUCAAAUGGAUUUUACAUGGUAGUUUUAUAGUACAAUCAGUGAUUUUCAUAACUUGCUGCACUGGACUCAGUUGUCAUUGCACUUUUGGUUAGUGGUGAUAACAUUUCCAACAAGCUUAGGGUUACAGCUGUAUGUUUUAUAAGGUCAUAUAAUGCACAGGAACAGAAAAAGCUUGGUUACCAGAUCCAUUCCAUACAAGUGCAAGUUGAUGUUUAAAAACGAGGUGGAGGAUCCAGUAUUAAGCUGAUAGUGAUUGUAACACAGUCAACAGAGAAACUUUGGACUCCCCGUUCUUUUCUUUGCUCAGAAUUACAUUAUGAUGUAAAGGUUUUAAAAAUCCCCCUUCCCUCACAUUUCUCUGUGCACACUAGCUGUGUGCAAGAAAUUCAGGUAGUAAAGGACUGAAGCAUCUUGCCCAGGUGACCAAAUGGGGCUACUGCUCUCGGGUGCCCAUGUUUUUGAUGUUACUGGAGCAAGCAUAGCACACACACUAAACUUGUUGUUUCUUGAGAACCAGCUUCUCAAAAAACCAAAGCAGCACUCUCUCAAUGCAGAAAGCUUGGUGGUGUACAGGGACUCCUAAAGAGAAUUCCUUUUUGUUGUUUGGGAGGAGGGAUGGAUGUGCAGCAUUUCAGUUGCCUUCAAGCCUGAACACUGAUACAGAGUCACUCUUACUGUCAAACCCAUUUGUUAUGCUUUUUCUGCUUUCUGCAAUGCAUGGUGUCUUAAUCUUUGUAAAUUCUAGAUUAGACUUACCUUGACCUUCUAAAAGCAACUGCUCUUAGAUGACUUCCUGAAAUUGGAUUACUGAAGGAAGAACAUUGUUCCUGUAAGGUCAUUC